CCUAAGCCAAGCAGAACUUAAUACUCAGUCAGUCGCAUUCUCUCGAUGCUGUCAUCAUGUUCCCCAAUUAUGCACUCUUUCAAGGCGCGGGCAUACUCGGCUCUCGUGAGUUCAAGACUCCCUAGCUAUAAAUCGAUCGUCAACAGUCAUCUCCGCCGCAGAGGAAGCACCAUUCCAACUUCCUCAAUCCACGCUGAUGAGUAUAUUGGCCAAUCUGGCCGCCAUUAUCAAGUUGAACGGGUUCUUCAGGAAGAAUCAUCUCCGCCACGUCAGGUUCUCCUUGCAACCGCUGGUGAUCAGAGAUUCAUAUUGAAAUAUAUCCACGAGGUGAAUUUCGAAGACCUUCAGGACGUAAACAGAAGAUUACGCAACAAUGCCAGCCAUGUUCGUCUUGCCCAGGACAUUAUUCCUGAGAAGUCCAUGUUUGUGUUCGAAUACCUCACAAGUCAUCUUCUACACUUGGCUCAGAAGGACUUGUCACUUGAAAUAAGAAAGAAAAUUCUCAAAGAAGCUCUUCUUGGGAUCGCCGAGAUGCAUGAGAAGGACGUCGUUCACACAGAUAUAAAAGCGGACAACUUCUUCGUCAACUGGAAACAGUCCGAUGACGGCAUCACCAUCGAUAAAGUCCAACUCGGCGACCUCGAAGACGCCGUAUACAUCCCUCCUGGCUCAUCCAUGCUUGGGAAGCAAGCAGGCAACUGGAUGUGGAGGAGUCCCGAAGCCCAUGCUAGAGGACGGGUGAAUAAACCGUCUGAUAUCUUCUCGUUCGCUCUUGUUUGUAUCUACGUGGUACAUAAACGGGUCAUAUUUGCAGUCGGAGACGACGAAUUAGAUGAAGGCAUAGACCGCUUAGCCGUCGUGAUUGAACGCCAUAUCUCCUACUUCGCCGACAAAGAUGGAUUUCAUGGUUUUCUCGAAUACCUCGGUGACAAUCCCUGGGCCUCUGUCUUCAACAUAACCCUGAAUGGAUUCAAUCAGGAGAAUCCGGUCAGACCAUUUAUGCUUUGGAAGGGAGUUGACGAUGAUUUCAAAAGUCUUAUCUGGGCCAUGACAAAUUUUGAUCCAAGGAGAAGACUUACGGCACGAGAAGCAUUGGCACAUAAAUGGUUUGACGAUGCCGAAUAUCCAUACGACACUAGCAUUGUGCGCGAGCUUCUGAAGAAUAAGCGGAGGUCCCGUGGCAUCCGAUCCUGCUUUCCUUGUCGACACCGCAAGGUCCGCUGCGACGGCCAGGUUCCUUGCUCCAGCUGUGUCAAACGCAACCAUCCCGAGUUAUGUCGUGUGCCAACAUCUUCUGAGACCGGGAACGAGGAUCAUCCUCCUUCUGUCGCCGCCGAUGUUCCUCAGGGACCAUCUCAGAACUACAAUUCAACGAACCUCGAAAAUGACACUUCGUCGGUUAACCCAGGUGACGCAACAGCGACCCUGAUCUCCCGCUUGGAGGCCAUCGAGAAACAAAUUGCCUUGCUGAAAGCUGAUCUUCUAGCUACGGCGGCGGCGACCACAACCAUGCCUGUCUCGCAGCCCAGCCCGCUGACUGACAGCGUUGCCCAACUACCUGGCAUGCGUGUUCGACCUGCUAGCGAAUCACCUGGCCGGUACGUUGUCGAAGAUGCUACAGGUGCGACGAUCUACCUCGGUCGACACGCGGACGCACCGCUGGCGCUGGGUUGCCGCCAGACCACGAUGUCGCCGGUGACGGGAGAUCUUUCUCUGCAAGAUGCCCUGAUCAACCAAUGCAUGCCGCGAGCAUACCCAUUCAUAAACCUCUGGGGUGCAGACGCAACCGUGAGCGAUGUGUGCCAAACGCUGCCUGAGGAUUCGGACGUGAUCCGCUACUGGCAGGCGUACCAGACUAAAGCGUACCCAUUUUAUCCAGCGCUGGCGGCAAUUGAUGAGUUUGCGCAGGCGUUGUUCGCCUUCUUGGACCAGCGGAUGCUGGCACACGAGGCGACGACGCCGUCGGAGGAGCCAAGCUCGUCUUGGAUGGCGCUGCUGUUUGCUGUUCUUGCAUGCGGGGUCCAGUUCUCGGAUGAUCCCAUUCAGGAGCGCGAUUUGCGGUCCAGAGUGCUUAGUAGGUUGACUGUUGUGGCGAGAAAAUUGUAUUCGAAUCAAGGCGCUGACUGUGGGCAGUUUGCUCGUCAUUUCAAUGUCUGCGCCAUGGCCUUGAUUGGGCACUGUCUGCGAAACAACCUGGAUACCAACAGUGCGUGGAUCCUUAUGGGCGCGACUAUACGACUAGCGCAAAGUAUCGGGCUUCAUGAAGCAUCUCCAUCUUUGCCGGAGGCAGAGCAGUUUGAGCGAAGCAGAUUAUGGUGGGUGCUCAUCUGGCAAGACACGUUUCUCUCUUUCACAUACGAUCGUCCCCUGGGAACAAUAGCGAUGAACUGUCCAAUCCCAUACAAACAUGACCCGGAUGGUCUCGGCUUCCAGGAAUGUGUCUUCGCAAUCUGCCAUCAGAUCAUCGAAGAAGCGCGCCAGAAAACCACAGAUGGACCGCAGGACCCCUUAGAGAGCAUGCGCAGAUUCAAACGCCAGCUUGAUGGCAUCCGCGAUGCCGCCGCCCUUUUCCUCGCGGACAAGCGCCGAUGCGUCUCGCUACAAAAUCAUCUCGAGCGAUUGGCGCUCGGUGUUCAUCUCGGGUAUGUGACCUGCCGAAUCGACCGGGUAUACCUGGAUGGCCAUACUGGCGCGCCCUUUCCAACUGCCAUAGCCGUGGACUGCGCGCAGCGCGCGAUGCAGGCUAUCGAGAGCUUUCUCGAUCUCCACCGAUACUCAGCCAGCGUGUGCCGCUCCUGGGCCUUUGUUCACAACGCGGUGAGCUGCGCCAUCACGCUCAAAAACCUCAACCAUGUGCCAGUCGAUGAGCGGCGCAAGUCAGAUCUCCUUGUGCAGCGACUGAUAGCUGUGCUUGAAAAGGAAGAGAAAGACUCCGAGUGGUGCGAUGACGACACCAAUGUGCGCUACUUCGGGCCGUACUCCAGGGCUCUCAAAGCCCUGCGUGAAAUUUGCCACAGUACCGGCUGA